AAACUAUUAUUUUAUUUACAUUAUUAUCACAUUAAGGAUAUGGUCAAACUCACAGCGCAGGACAAGGUCAGAAUUAAACAGGUCCAGGAGAUCGAGGCGCAGCUACGGGCAUCCGCCAACGGUGCCUCCGACCUAGUCAACUCAUGGCUCGGCGACGAAAGCGAUAACGAAAACCAGAGCAAACCCAAUUCUGCCCCAACCAAAGCCCGAGAUAUCUUCAAAGGACGCCCAGCAAGACUCGGCGUCGGUGCGAAAUUCCUCUCUCACAAAGAAAUGAUGUCCAACAUGCACUCCGGACCCGGAAUACUCACAGCCGAGGAACUCUCACUGAAACGCAGGUUAUCCAAAGGUAUAACCACCGAAAACCUCGAGACUAAAAAAAAAAAUAACGAAGAUGAGAAAAACAAAAAAAGGGAGGAGAAAGAGGAGAGCGAUGAUGAUGGCGAUAGUAGAUCGAAAAUGGUUUCGAGUAUGGUGACAGAAACCAAAGCGGCGGGUAAGCAGGGGUCAGUUGGUGAUAAUAAAUUGGCUGGUGGAGAGCAACUACAGAUGAAGAAAAGAAAAACUAAAACUACAGAGUUUCUUGAUUCACUUGUUAAACGCCGCAAACGCUAAACUGUAAUAUUUGUGUAUCGUUUUUUGGCAGUAUUUCAAGUUACUAUUUAUUAAAAAAUUAUUUUUUUCCCUUAGCCUUGAAAGUUUUACUUUUAUUUCCUUGUUUCUAUUUUUAGGAGAAAAACAAUAUAUUGAGAA